UUUAUUUUUAAAUAAGAUGGUGGCAAAAAUUAUUUUUAUUGGUGCUCUCCUUUAGCCAAAUAACGGUUUCUAAAAGAUAAUGGAAGUUCCUAAUCUAACAUCGUUAACUGGCUAUGAGCAAAAAGAAACGAAAAAUCAAAAUAUUGAAGUUUUAGCAGAGAAACAUCCAUAUAUGAUAAAACCAGGGGUUGUUCAACCUCCAGUUAAAUUGGAAUACCCAAAUAAAGGUAGGUCAACUAAUCAACUAAACUAUCUACUCAAACAGAUUAUACCAACAGUUUGGAAACACCAUUUUGCAUGGCCCUUUCAAAAACCUGUAGAUACAGUUGCCUUAAAUUUACCUGAUUAUCACAAAAUUAUUAAACAUCCUAUGGAUAUAAGCACAAUUAAGAAAAGAUUAGAAAAUCAUUAUUAUUAUUCAUCAAAAGAAUGUGUAAAUGAUUUCAAUACAAUAUUUACCAAUUGCUAUGUAUAUAAUAAACCUGGUGAAGAUGUUGUCUUAAUGGCACAGGCAAUAGAAAAAGCAUUUCAGGCUAAAUUGACACAAAUGCCUUUGGUAGAAACUGAAAUACCACUUCUAAAUAAGGGGAAAGGUAAAAGAGGAAGAUCAAUUAAAGGGUUUAACAACCAAAUAAUAGCAGAAAAAAUUAAUCUUCCAACAAAAAAUUAUGAUAUUAUAAGUGGUGAUGAUGAAAGCAAUGAUGAUUCAUUAUCCCAACUUAAUAACAAUCUGAUAAUUUCAACAGAUUUAUCACCCUUAAAUCAAUAUCCUAUACUAGACAAUCAAUUGAAGCCUCAUUCAUUAUCAUUCGAAGAAGUAUCAUUAGUUACUAGUUCAAUAUUAAUAAUGACAACAUCUAUUAUAUCUCAUGCUUUUUCAAGCAGUAAUAAUACUAAUACCAAUAACAUUGGCAAUGCUUUCACCAUUUCCACUAAUUCUAUUUUAAAAAAUUAUCCACAUCCUGCAUCAUCUAUCUCCAGGGGAUCACUGAUAAAAUCAUAUAUUGUUCCAAAUUUAGAUGCUCAAAUCCUUAGCAUAACUGGAAAAUCUAAUAUCAAUAAAUCCACUUAUCCAGUGCAGCAUAAAUCAGUAAAACGUGGGAUCAAAUGCCAAGCUGACACAACUACACCUAACGCCAUAACCAACCUCGACUUACUAUUAAGUGAUACAACUGAACCGAUCCUGAAAAUGGAUUAUAGGAUGCCUCUCGACCAUUUAGGGUCCGAUUACAUGAAUUCUAAUAGCAGGAGGGAGAGUGGAAGGGCUAUCAAAAAACCCUCCAAAGAUUUGCCUGAUUCUCAACAACAUUUGAAGAAAGGAGACCUGAUUUCAUUGCCCGUUCAAAUGAAAUAUUGCGCUGAUUUAAUCAAAGAUCUCUUUUCUAAAAAACAUCAUGCAUACACUUGGCCAUUCUACACUCCAGUAGAUGCUUUGGAGUUGAAUCUCCCAGAUUAUCACGAUAUAAUUAAAAUACCUAUGGACCUGAGCACUGUAAAAAAAAAGGUCGAAGCUAGAGAUUACAAAAACCCUGCUGAUUUUGUCAAUGACGUCCGCUUAAUAUUCGCCAAUUGUUACAAAUACAACCCACCCGAUCAUGACGUAGUGGCUAUGGCCAAAAAGUUACAGGAUGUUUUUGAAAAACGAUAUGCCAAGAUGCCAGAUGAGUCUACUUUCAGAGCAAUGGAUGGGGAUGAUGCCUCCACCACUGGCGGAUAUUACAAUAUCAAUCGAAGCACAGGAAGUGCCUCUCCAUAUUCGUCUCCUCGCUCACGUCCGCAUACUCCUCCCCUGUCCUCCGCGUCUUCUUCCACAUCAUCAUCAUCAUCAUCAUCAACUUUCAGCGCGUCUUCGAAGCAGAAGCAUCUGACUGUAUUGCAGGCUCAGCUUCGUAGCAUCCACGAACAACUAGCCGCCCUUACAGCCAAAGCCACAUCAAAACACAAGAAAAAAAAGAAAAAAGGCCAGGACAAAAAAAGUAGCAGUGAAAAAGAUACUCCGCAGUCUCAGAACCCUUCUAACAUCUCGAUUCUCUACCCUUUGAUUGUUAACUCUUCCACAACAAUUACUUCACAUUUUAAAAAAAAUGCUAAAAGUUCAGCCAUUGAUAUAAGCCACAAGACGUCCCUCGGCUAUCAUCCAUCUCAGCAGAUAAAUCUCCAGGACGUCACUCCCGUCUCAUCUCACAAGCCUUUACCAGACUUCCAUCCUUAUGACGAUCCUAACAUUCUCACCACAAGUAGCUCUCGCAAACGUGCUGGUUCUAAAAAGGCUCAUGGUGGUGGUAAAAAACAAGCACUAUACGCUUCCGUUAAAAAAACCGCUUCUAUCUCUACCUCUUCUCUUUCAAGAAAAAGUGGCGGGGUUAGUAGAUCUACGGAUUUAUCUAAAGGUGAACGACUGAACGACACCGUAUUCAUGACAACAUUGGCAGAAGAAGUUAUCCCAGUCGCCGUCAAAAACAAAUUCACGUCUUCCACUAUCACACUCGGCUCUAUAGAUGCACUCGCCAUCGCGACUUCUUUGUCUUACUCUUUCUCCUCUCUAGCGCAUUCCACUGACCUUAACACAUUUGCCACAAAUGGUCACUCCAUUGUCAGUUUCAAGCCUCUACAGCCUCUCAAGAAAAACGUUAACAGCAAGCGGAGCGCUUCUAUGGAAACCGCUUCCAAUUCCUCGCCCACUCCCACCAUCUUAAACACUUCUUUUAUUCCGCCAUUGCUGUAUGACAGUGACGACGAAGACAACGCCAAACCCAUGUCAUAUGACGAGAAGCGUCAACUCAGCCUGGAUAUCAAUAAGCUACCAGGAGACAAGCUAGGAAGGGUUGUCCACAUUAUCCAAUCUAGAGAACCCUCCCUGAGAGACUCUAACCCGGACGAGAUAGAAAUCGAUUUCGAAACCCUCAAGCCGUCUACGCUCAUGGAGCUGGAGGUUUACGUUGCAUCAUGCUUGCGAAAAAGAACACGGAAACCUUAUUCUAAAAAAGUAGCACAAAAAUCCAAAGAUGAGAUAGUUAAGGAACGUCGCGAAGAGCUUGAACGACGCCUUUUGGACGUAAGUGGGGCACUUGGGACUCCGCUAUCUAACGUCCUCUCUCCUGCUUCCACUUCAACGUACUCAGCUUUCCCAUCUGUAGUCACCAUAUCUUAUGCAAACUACCUAGCACCAUCUCAAAUAACUUCCAUCACUUCCAUACCAUAUUCACUUUCAGCGAUGGUGACUAAUGGAGUUAACAUAUCUAAUCCGCCUUUUUCCCACACUCUUUUCACAAACCACGGCAGCUCUAGCUACCCAGCUUUAGGCGCGACUGGCAUUUUUGAAGUCAAUAAAGAUAUGAUACACAUCACCUCUAGCCUUAUCAGUCAAGUAACCCUCUCCCUAUCAACAAGCGUAACAGCCAUAGCGAGUACUAGGAGUCGUUUGAGUGCCAGCAGUUCUAGCGCCGGCUCUAGCUCUACUUCCGACUCUUCCUCAGACUCCGCAUCAUCCUCCAACAAUGACUGCAACACACCCCUCGAAUAUUCUCAUAAAAGAAAAUCGAAAAAGGAUAAACAAAAUAAUUCCUUACAAAAUGAACAAAACUUAAAGAAGAACCACAUAUUACCCAUAAGCCUUUUCUCAGUUAUUAAAUCCACAGGUACACUGCACACUACCGAAAUUCAAACUCAAAACUCGUUUUCCAAUGUUACACUUUCUUCUAUGAAAUAUACAACUUCACUGUUUUCGCAAGUGCCCAUAAUUUCCACCCCUUCCUUAAAUCCGCCUCAUUUAAACGCUUUUAAAAACGCCGAUAAAAGCGAUAAAAGUCCUACGCAUUUUUCUUCGCUUCCACUUUUUUCGAGACACACGAAUUUGAACGGACAGACCCACAUUUACGCAAGCGGAGGCCUAAACAAAACGGUGACUUCCACACCUCGCACUACUAACGUCCUCAAUUCUAUUGAUGCCAAAAACCUAGUCACAACAAUUUUCAACCCCGCCGUUAACGCGCCCACCUCAAACUCGAGUCCCAUAUCGAUGAUUUAUACCUCUGAUACAGGCUCUGGGACAAAAAUAAAAGAUUUCGUUCACAACAGUUUCGAGGCAUUUAGGAAACAAGCUUUGGAAAAAGAAGAAAGGCAAAAACAGUUCAAGGAACAGGAGGAAAAGAACAAACAAGUUGAAAAAAACAGCUUGGAAAAACUUAAAAAAAAAUCAGAGACCUGCAGUGGUACAAUAUGCACGGCCCGUGAAUCCGAUCUUCCCGCCUCCCCUCACAUAUCCCAUUAUUCCGGCAUUUCAAACGGCAUGAUUGCAGUUCCUCCCCACUUUACCACUCUUUCCUCUACCCUAGGUGACCUACCGUCCUUCAAAAAAUCUAUCAUCCCUCCAACGACUACCUACUUACUCGACGACCCUCUCAACUUGAAUUCUCCUGACUUGGCCCGAGAACGUCAAAGACUCAAGGAAAUGGAGAAACGUCGGAGGGAAAUGAAAGCUGGAUUAAUCGAUAUCAAUAGGCAGAGCGACAUCAUGUCCUCCUUCGAGAAGAUGUUAUAAUUCAGACAUUUCUCUUUUUGGUCUCAACUUAUUGUAGAUUACGUUCGCGUUAAUAUAUUAAUUUAUAUACCUAUCAAGUCGAGUCAUAUUAUUUUACAUUAUGCCUUUGAUAUAUUUAUAUAAAAAAUAUUUUUGCUUUAUCUAUUACGUAAUGUAGAACUAUUUUUAAUAAAAGACUAUUAAAAAAAAUAAAAAUCAUGAUACUAUUAGAUCUCCUUAUAAAUUUUAUGAUUUUUUUUAUUGCAAGUUUAU